AUGAGCGCGCCCGUGUCUUUGACCAUUCGACCGCCCGGAUCCUCCUCCUCGUCCCGGCCGAGGCAGGGCAACUGGAACGCGCCGAGCCAGCGCAUGUUCCACGACCACGACGAGGACGACGAGGAAGACCACGCGUUCGGCCGGUCGAAGCCCGCCAAGCGACAGGAGGACGAGCGGAUCGAGGGGUUCGGCAAUGGGCGUGCACUUGGUUCGCGGCGACCCACCCCGCCGUUGGUUAUCGCGCCGCAGCCAAACAAGGACUGGCGCGAGGUAACCCGGGGAAAGGUGCCCUCUUAUCUGACCGAAGGGGGCCGCAACGAAGAGGACAAUUCGGGGCCUGAGCGAAUCGGCGACGAGCCACAGCGCGCCGGACUGCGGUUCAUAAAGAAGGAGAAGGAGGAGGGCGAGUCUGCGCCGCCACCUGCGCCGGCCGCGACCGCCACGAACCCGGAACCCGAGGACGUCAAGCCCGACGUCGAGGCCCUGUCGCUCGACGAGCAGGCACUGCGCGCCGUCCUGGCCGGCGAGCGCAGCAAGCCCGAGACGGACGAGCACAAGGACCUGGUGAUCGCGUCGGCGAGCGACAAGAAGAACUUCCCCACCGAGUCGGACGCGCUCGCGCGCGACCUCGGCGGGCUGCCCGAGGAGUCGAGCCUGGACGACUAUGCCGCCAUCCCUGUCGAGGCGUUUGGCGCCGCCAUCCUCCGCGGGAUGGGAUACGACCCGAAGAACGACACCAAGCUGCAUGUGCCCAAGCCCCGGCCGGCGCUGCUGGGCCUCGGCGCGACGGCGCUCACGUCCGAGCUGCCGCCGUCGCGCAAGACGGACAAGAACAAGAAACGCCGCGAAGCGUACGCCACACGCGGCGGGCGCGGCUUCAAUGCGUCGAAUCUGCUAGUCAAGCGCGGCGACGGCGACGAGUCGGGCAGUGCCACCCCUGCCGGCUCGUCGCGUGGCGACGACAGUGACGGCGGGAGAACGCGGCGCCGGGACGACGACGACAACUACGACAGCGGGAGGGAUUCGAAGCGCCGGGACGAUAGGGACCGCGAGAGGAGGAGGGAGUACGAGACGGACGAGGAGCGCGCCCGCCGCAAAGCGCGGGAGGCGGAGAGGGAUAGGGAGCGUGGUGGUGACCGCGACCGUGAGCGUGAGCGUGAGCGUGACGGCGACCGUGAUCGCUAUCGUGACCGCAAUGGCGGGUCGGACCGGAGAGACCGAGACCGACGCGACGACCGCGACCGUGACAGGCGAGAAGACUCGCGCGACUACCGCGACAGGCGUGACGACCGCGACCGCCGCGAUGAUCGCCGUGAUGGCCGCCGCGACGACCGCAGGGACGACCGGCGCGAUAGGGACAGAGACUACGACAGGGACAGGAGGAGCCGAUCGGACAGGUAG